AGCUGUCCGGCAGACGUCCCAACAGACAGGAGUGCGGCCCGGGGCAGAGACAGAAGGCAGGCUCGAGUUAAGCAGACACGGGAGCAGCCUCCGUGCACUUGCACAUCAGGCAAGGCGCUGCAACACGGAGGAGAACAGCACCGAUAACCGGGAAGGAUCAGGAUCUCUCCACUGGAAUAUUCCAGAUAAGCGCCCUGGUGACCUUUCUGCAGCCUCAGACAGAGGGGCUUGGAAUGCCAUUUCCUGAUCAAUGACCCAGCUCAGCGACUGAGGCUAUUAUUGGAGUGGCACAUGACCGGUCUAUCACUGAGAAUGUAAUUUGAUCAUCCCCUCAGGAACGUCCUGUACUCUGUGUAGCAUUCACAACAUAUAUUAAGCCCUCAAGUGUUCAAUCCCUACGAAUCUGUGAGCUCUUUCAUCACUACAGCCAUGCCGGCCAAAGCGCCCAUCUACCUGAAGCCCACCAACAGUAAGAAGGGAAAAAAAUGUCGUCUGAGAGAUAUACUGUCCCCAGACAUGAUCAGUCCACCGCUGGGGGACUUUCGCCAUACCAUCCACAUUGGAAAAGGUGGGGAGAGAGAUGCCUUUGGAGACAUGUCAUUCCUCCAGGGCAACUUUGAGCUCCUGCCGGGGAAGGGAGAGGUGGUCCACCCUCAGUUUGGCAUCCAAAGUGAGUUCCUGCGGGCAAACAGCACCCCUGAUGCCUCCUUCGCGGAGACCCCCUCUCCAGUUCUCAAGAACGCCAUCUCCCUCCCUACCAUUGGUGGCUGUCAAGCCCUCACCUUACCCCUAAUCUCCUCCGCUGUGUUCCCCCUGCCCCCAGAGCCCCUGGAGGACAUAGUGGGGCCCACAAUGCCCAUGAACUCUGACAGGGCUGAGGAGCUGGACAUCCUGCAGAUGGAUGCUCUGUUGCGAUCCAUGGACGUCUUAAGCAGCGAGCCCACACGAUCCUCCGCAGAUCUCCAGUCCAAGCCCGACGUCCUUCUGGAUCUGCUGGACAAACCAGAGAAACCAACACCCAAGACAGUCGCUAAAACUAACAAAAUUAAUAAAGGUGAAAACAGGUCUGAAAAGCCAUCAUCCUAUUACAUCAAUGGGCAUGGCAAUGGCACCUAUAAAACCAAUGGAAGCCUCCACAGCAACACAAGCAGCAGCGACAGCUACGACAGCUACGAUGGUAAAGGAAACUUCAAGAGUAACGGGCACAGCCGCGACAUCUGCAACGGCAACGGCAAUAGCAACUGCAAUGGCUAUGGACGCUUUGACACUGUUGUGACCCUGGCUCAUGAGAACGAGCUCUCCAAGUGCAAUGGGGAUUGGGUGAACAGGGACAGCGGCAUGGAGGAGGGGCGCAUCUGUGAUUUUGAGUUUUCCGAGUUUUCCAAGGAGAAGAGCACGUCGCAGGAUUCCCUCACCCAGAUCACAGGGUCGCUCCUCUCCCUCGAACUUGAUCUGGGCCCAUCCAUCCUGGAUGACGUGCUCAACAUAAUGGACAAACCUCCAGCGAAGAGCCGACCUUAAGCAGUGCUGAGGCCCCAAGAGAAGAAAGGGAAUUAUGAGGAGAGAGAGAGACUCGAAAAAGAAAUCAGAAUGGUGUCUGGUUAUAUCAUUGUGAUGAAAAUGAGCUGAAAUAGACGGAGCUGCUUACGUUUUUAACUGUCGAAACAAAUAACUCCUCUUGCUUCUGUGGAGUGUGGCUCCUUCUUGUUUGUCAUGUUACCAGCAUGUUUAAGAUGCAUGCGCUAUUGAAUUACAACUAAAAGACACCCAUUGUGCCUUUUAUUUAGAAAAUGGAUUACUGUAAAGGUAACAAGUAAUAGAAUUAUGUUAUUUUUUUUCCCUGAGUUCCGCAGUAUUUAAAUACUUUUCAACUUUUAGGAUUACUUUUUUUUUUUUACACAACCUUGAUCUGUGUUCCUCCAUAAACAUAACGCAUUCUGUGUGACUUUUAACGUGUUUUAAUGAAGCACUGUUUGUUUGUCACAUGAUAGGUUUGCUACAUAGCGUUUUCAAAGAGCAGAAUACUAUGCAUAUUUGUGUUUUUAAUAUUGUAACACAAAUAAAUACAU